AUGAAUGUAUUAAAAGAAUGGUUUAUUGAUUUGCCUUGGGGUAAAGUAGCUCUAAUAUCAUGGGGAAAUCCGAGUGGCAAACCUGUUCUUCUCGUGCAUGGUCGACAGGACAGUGCGGCAACAUUCAUACCACUCUUAAAACAUUUACCGAAGAGCUACCAUUAUGUAGCAUUUGAUAUGCCAAUGCAUGGCCGCUCCGAUAGCUUGCCAUUCGGUGUCGUUCUAACGAGACUGUUUCCAGUAUGUGUUAUAGAAGUGGUUGUGAAACAUCUAGGAUGGAAAGAAUUCUACUAUAUAGGACAUUCAUUGGGUACAGAACAAGGUCUAUUCUACAAUGCAGUGUUCCCCGGUCAGAUAAAGAAGUUUGUUCUACUUGAUCCGACACCAGCAUUACAAAGAUUGAUCAUGGAAGAUUUCUCAGAAUUCUAUGAGUUCUAUGAUAAAUAUUACAGCAACUAUAAUAGCAUGAAAGAAGACAAGCUGUACAGCAAAGAAUCAGCUAUUGAAGCUGUUAUGAAGGCUAGAGAGAUGACGAGGGAGCAGGCGGAAUUGAUAUUAUCAAGGAAUCUGAUAAAAGUUCGUGAUAAUCUAUACAAAUUAUCCUGGGAUCGCAGAAUAAAGCUAAUGGCUCCAACAUAUUUCCCAAAAGAAUAUUAUAAAACAAUAUUCUGUAAGAACUCACCGCCCAUACUCUAUAUAACAUCCAAAGAAUAUUUAAAAAUUGGUGUAAAAAGAAGAAUCGUCAUAGAAGAAUAUCUAUCUGAAUGCCAGAAGAAUGAUAAGUUAAUACAUUUGAGGGUGGACGGGAAUCAUGAUGUGCAUUUCAUACAUCCGGAAAGGUUAUCGGAACAAAUCAUUAGUUUUUUGAAUAUGGAUGUCAAAUCUAAGUUAUAG